AUGGCAGGAAGAUUAGUUGCAAAGGCACUUAUUGAUGGUUUCACUUGCGAAGUUGAUUUUACCAAAUUCUUUUUGAAAUAAAUUCUUGGAUAACCUCUUUAUAUUAAUGAUUUGGAAGAUAUUGACCCUUAAAUGGUUAAAGGGUUAAUGGAUAUUUUCUAAAAUAGUAUAGAAGGACUAUAAUUAUAUUUUACUUAUACUAUUAAUUAAUUUGGAGAAUAGAAAGUUAUCGAGUUGAUUCCUAAUAGAAGUAAUAUUGAAGUUACUGAAGAAAACAAAAAAGAUUAUGUGAAAAAAUUAGUAUACUUUAGGAUGGUUAAGCAAAUCGAAACUUAAGUUUAAGCAUUUUAAAAAAGUUUUUAUGAAGUUAUUCCCUUAUAAAAUAUAAAAAUGAUUUCUGUAAGAGAAUUAGAUCAUAGAUUAUCAGGAAAUCAUAUUAUUGAUAUUAAUGAUAUGAAAUAAAAUUUGAUUUUCAAAAAUGGAUAUAAUUAAGAUUCAGAUUAAAUUAAAUGGUUUUUUGAAAUUUUAGAAGAAUAUGAUUAAGAACAAAGGGCAGCUUUUUUAUUCUUUACUACUGGAUGUUUUAAAGUUCCUUUUGGUGGCUUUUAAAACUUCCGUAUUACUAUUAAUAAAAGUAAUAGUGAUAAGUUAUCUUUACCUGUUUCUCAUACUUGCUUUAAGGAAUUAGGUAUUUAAAAAUACAUUUUUUUUUAUGAUUUUUUAUUUUAGAGUCACAUUAAUAUCCGAAUAAAGAGAUUAUGA